AUGAUUCGGUUAAGCCUAGCGGCGCUGCUUCUCCAGCCAGGCCUCGGGCUUUCCGCAAUCGAGUCCAGUUAUGCGAAAGCGGCAAAGACUAUAUAUGGAACAAAUGAAACAAUCACCCUAUCCUCGGAUGGCGUCAAGGCUGAUGUUGUGGUUCUUGAUUACGGCCAGAACUACGAGGGUCACCCUACAUUCGAAGUCUUUUCUAGUUCAGGAGAUACCUCUGGGUUUGAACUCACAUUUGCCGAAUCUAAAGCCGCGCUUGAUGACUACAUGAGCGAUGGGCCAAUCGGCCUUGCAGCAGCCAUGGAAUCUUACCGUGUCAACCGGUACAACAUUUCCAAGCUAGGCAUCACCACUAACCGGCUGAUCCAAGGUGGCUUUCGCUACGAGAAGCUGAAUCUAUCCUCUGCCGGUGAGCUUAAACUCAAGUCCAUAGGAGUCAAGCCAACAGUUCACAUCACACCUCUCACUGAACUCCCGGGCGCGUUCGAAUGCUCCGACGAAGACUUAACUCGAAUCUGGCACACCGGUGCGAGGACAGCGCAGUUGACCGAGAUACCCAAGGAUACCGUCCCUGACUUUUGGCAGGUAACUGACCAGGGAGCUCUGGUCGAAAGUGCAGUGCCUCAAGCUCUUGGGGGCGCCACAGCUGCCCAGUUGCUCACUUACCAACUCAACUUCGAGGUGAAGCCUGUGACAGGCGAGUUUGUCUUCUCGGUUCUGUCUGAUACACUCAACGACGGGAUUAUCAUCUCGGUCAAUGUUGAUACGGGCGUGGUCUCCUCCAGCACCUCUGCAUCUGGUAAGAUUCCCAGUACUGCCAAGGUCGAAGUUGGAAAAUGGUUAUCCGUCCAUGCCUUGGUGAAUAUGACAGAGAUUGCGAUAUCUAUCAACAACCAAACUGUUCUGGAAUUCAUACAGACAUCGAAAUUCUUUGGUUCCUUCGGUCUUGGCGCACCACUCGGCCACUCUGCAUACUACCGUAACCUCAAAGCAGCAACGCUUGAAGGUGACGAAAUUUACUCUUCCACCCUGAAAGACAAGUCUUUUCUCAAAGACUUCUUCAUGGGCAGUAACCCCCUUGACAUCAUUGUCGAUGGCUCGCGACGUGAUAGAAUUGCCUAUGCCGGCGAUUUAGAUAUUGCAAUCUCUUCAACCUUUGCGAGCACAUAUGGCAAGUCCUUCGUCGAAGGAUCUUUGGACUUGGUUGGAUCUUACCAGACAACAGCCGGAUUCUUCAUUCCCAACGCCAAAAUUCAGCAAGAUCCUCUCCCCGAACCUCUCGAUGUCAACAUCACCGGCCUCAUCGGCUACUCGUUCAAUUUGAUGAACGGCCUUGCCACUAACUACGAAGUCCUCGGAAACGUUUCCUUCGCGGAGGAGUGGGCACCUCGUGCUGCAAAGAUGCUUGACUGGGCUCAUUCGCGUCUAGUCAAGGGUCUCUUUACCAUCGAUGAUGCUUCGUUUGCAGGAGAUUGGAAUUACUAUGACCCACCGCAGACAGGUGCAAGCACAAAGAUCGACACUGGUGUCUACCAAGAUCGGCUGAGCAAGCUUCGCAAAGAUGUCCACUCCCAGUUAUGGAACAAGACGCUCGGUGCUUAUGUUCUCAGCAACGAGAUCACUACCGGAUUCUCUCAAGACGCGAAUGCAAUCGCUAUCUUGGCCGAUAUUCCUCAGAGCAAUAAUGUUUCCGCUAGGUCUCUUCUGAACACUAUGGAAGAAGACCUCCAACUCCCCGCUGGACCGCUCGCUUUCAGCAACGGAACAAUCGAAGCUGGCUUUGCUCAGAAGAUCAGUCCUUUCUCCUCAGCUUACCACCUCCGCGCAGCCUUUGAAUCCAGGGAUGACCAUGCGGCCAGGCUGCUCCUCAAGACUCUUUGGGCGCCCAUGGCAGACCAUAAACACACCAACUACACCAAUUGUUUCUGGGAGACCUUGGAUCCUGAUGGAACACCUGGACUUGGCAUCACAACUUCCUUGUGUCACGGAUGGGCUGCUGGACCCACUGCAGAGCUGAGCAAGCACGUACUUGGCGUCAAGCCUGUCAAGCCCGGUUUCGCAGAGUGGAAAGUUGAGCCCAUGACUCUUGGUCUUGGCUGGGCAAAAGGUCGCGUUCCCACUGAGCAAGGCACGCUUGAGGUGGAAUGGAAGUUUGUGUCCAAUCUCUUGCACAUGAAAGUUCAUGCGCUUGGUGAUAAGGGAACUCUUGGUACUGUUCGCCUUCCUCGGCCAUUGCUUGUUCCUGCGGAAGAGAGCGUGAUCAAGGUCAACGGAAGAGUCGUGAAUGGAACUAGCUUUGUGGUUGCUGGUCAUGAUCAGAUUGUCAUUAGCCAGAUUAGACGGGUCUGA